AUGUUUCAGAAAGCUUUUGGUGGGUGUGAUCCCUCCACGUGUGCUACCCUUUACAAGCUUUACGUAAGACCUAUAUUAGAGUUUGCAGGCCCUGUUUGGGGCCCAUUAUUGGCUAGGGAUUCAGCGUUGUUGGAAAGCGUCCAGCGACGGGCAACUCGCAUACCUUACGGCAUUUCGCGUCCCAGCUACGGUGAAAGACUGUCCAUCAUGAAGCUGUCUACGUUUGAUGAAAGAAGGCAACGUGGGGAUCUCAUCAUAACCUACCGUGCUCUCCACAACUUUUUCGGAGUUGACCUCAGCAGUCUCUUCAAGUUGAAUCUUGACGACCGUCUUCGAGGUCACGCUUACAAACUGAGGAAGGAGAACUUCAAAACACAGCAAAGGCAGUAUUUUAUCACAAACCGCGUGUUUUCGGUGUGGAACUCUCUACCUUCAUCGGUGGUGGAAUCAGUUUCUGUGAAUGCCUUUAAGAAUAGCUAUGAUGCUUGGAUUCGUCGCGAGUGA